AUGGAAUCCUGGGACCCCAAGAAAGUCCAACACCUCAUUGCCCGCUCUCCUCCCCACCGACCCUUCCCCUCCUACCUCUCGUCCUCCUUCCCCUCCUCCCUCUCCUCCUCUCUCUCCUCCCACCUCGCCCUCCUCCUCUCCUCGCUGUCUCGCUACGCGAGCGCGCUUGACGCGUGGUGGGGCACAGUGGCGGAGGAAACGUUUAAUCUCUCCGAGGAGUUUAAGUACGUCGGCUGGCCGGGCAACUAUGGCAAGGCGGCAGGGGGAGCUGCGGCGGGGAGCGCAGUGGGCGCAACGGGGGCGUCUGCGGGGGAUGGGGGAGCGGGGGGAGGCGCGGUGGGGGUGGGAGGGGGAGCGGGAGCGGGAGUGGAAGGGUGGGGAGCCGGGGUGGGGGGGGUGAAUGUGUGGCGGCGGGUGAAGAAGUACCGACACUUUGUGGCUUUCAUGGCUGUGGUGGCAGCGGUCAACGGGCUCUUCUCUCUGCUUCUCAUAGACUCCCUCCUCUCCGGUGCCUGCAUCCCCCUCUUCCACGACUGCCAUGCGCACCCUCUCGGCCAUGCUGCUGCUGCUCUUGUAACCUAUGACCUGUCCAAUAUUAACCACACUCGCCACGCAGCAUCUCUCCGCUCCCUCCUCCAACCACACUCCACCGAUUUUCACCACUCUGCACACAGCAGCAGCCUCAGACAAAAUAUCUUGCAGCAGCAGCAAGACGGGCGUCAGUCUGAGGAGGGGUAUCAGGAGAGGCAGGGAGGAGAAGAAGAAGAGGGACAGGAGGAUGGACCCGACACGCCCAUGCAGCAUGAUCAGAACAAGGAUGGGAACAAUGGGAAUGGUGGGAGUGAUGGGAGCGAUGAUGAGAACAGUGGGAGUAAAGAUGGAAGACCUGGGGAUGACACCCAUUCAUCUGCAGCUCUCACGGCCUCAGCGGCCUCUGCAGCGUUCUUCCUCUCCAGACUCGCCCGAUCGCCCGGCGUUCAUGUCACCCCGUACCCUGACGUCCCACGGGCGUACAUACUGCAAACACCACCCACGCCCACACCCUCACCCUCAUCCGCCUCUUCUUCUUCGUCUUCCUCCGUUCACCUUCAAGCAGCCGCCGCCACUGACCCUUCACUCGAUUCCUCUUCCAUCACCAUCACCAGCGGCAGCAGCACCGCCACCACCGUUCCCCAUGCCUCUUCACGCUGCUCCCUUCUCCUGCGGGACGUGUGCUACGUGCACAUGCAGGGCGCCAGUCGCCUGCACCGCAGCAGCGCGGGCGUGUGGUUCGACCGCGAGGCGCUAGAGAGCGCUCUAGCAGGGGACCUGGGCGGGCAGGCCAUACACGCUGCCUCUGACCUGUCUAAGAUCAACCUGGGGCUCGUGCAGCAGUGUGCUGCUGGGGAAGGUCGCGGUGCAGGUGGGGGGGACUCGAGUACGAGUGGUACUGGUGGGAGUGAGACAGGUGGUGAUGGGAGCAGCAACAGCAACAGUGAAGUUGCCGACGUGGAUUCUAUCGCUGAAGCGCUCUAUGAGAAGAUGGGGGGGUUUCUGAGUGCGGAUGAAAUGGCGUUCUAUGCCGCCUCUAGUGCCUCCCAGGGGAAGCAAGUCUUCCGCUCUUCUGCGCUCUCUCCGCCGCCUGCUCUCCCCUUGGCCGUCGUCCUGCCUUCGGCCGGGCGGCAGAGUGAAUUCGCUGACCUGGCAGAUGUGCUGCAUGACGUGGCACUCCACCUGCCGACCAUUUCUAAGCCCAGCUCCCGCCACCAACGUCCUAACCAGAUGGCUGGUUCAAUUAAAAUAAAGGGCUUGCAAGAUAGUGGUUCGAGCUCAGCUGAUUCUGCAUCCACUUCUGCUGGUACUGCUGCUGCUGCUGCUGCUGCUGCUACUGCUGCUGGUACCACCGCUAAUGCUCCUGAAGAUACUGAAUCCUCAACGGGACCCAAUCUAUUCCUCCCCUCCGCUGCCCGCCCUCCUAACCUCUGGGUGGGCGGUGCAACUCGGCUGCUUCUCGGGCCUCAAGCCCUCGCCCUGCCGGGCAGGCGCGUCGGGCAGGUGAAAUGUUUCCAGAAUGCCGUUUUCAUCCCAGGCAGGGAGCAAAAAACGAGGAACGGCUGGGCUGUGGAGGCAAUAAGGGAGAGAGCAUGGGAGAUGGUGGAAGAUGUAGAGACCUUGGUGUCUAAAAGGCUAUGGGGGGGUAGGAAGCUUGGGGCGGCAAGGACUCUGCAGGCCCAGGCACAGAUAGAACUGAACAGGGACCUGAAGAGAUUAAAGACGUUCUUUAAGGAGAUGAGGAAGUGGACAGGAAGGUUCCACCAUGUGACUGUGCUGGCGAGUGACGGGCAAGGGGGGGGGAUAAAGGAAGGGGAGGGGAAGACAAGGGGGGAUGGGGAGGGAGAAAGGGAUGCAGACGGGGAUGGGAACGGGGAGGGGGAUGAAGGGGAGAGGGAUGCAGGUAUGGCAAAUGCGGAGGGGGUGGCGGAGCUGGUGCGAGCCAUGAUGCCGAAGCUGACUGUCGAUGUUGUCACUCUCUCCAAUUGCUCCUUCAUCGAGCAAGUUGCCGUCAUGAAGCGCACGGCUCUCCUAAUCGCCAUGCACGGCCCAUCCCUCUCCAACACCCUCUUCCUCCCCCCCAACGCCACGCUCCUCGAGCUCUUCCCCCCGCACCUCCACUCCCCCCAACACUCCUCCCUUGCCGCCGCAUCCCAUGUCCACUAUUACAGCUGGCAGAACACACACCCUCUCAACACCACAUACACCUCUGACUGCAUGGCACGAGGGCAGUACGCGCUGCUGCCAGCAGCCCUGUGUGCGGGGAAACCGGAGUGCCUGGCGUGUGUGAGAGACCGGUCGGUGACGGGGGUGCACCUGGGGGAGCUGAGGGGUGUGCUGAGGAAGAUUCAGCAGCCGCUGCGGGCUUUCUUCCUGGCUGACAGCGUCAAGCACAGGCACAGGCGGAGAGGCAUCUUGUAUGGGUAG